AUGGCUCGUGUAAUUACCAAUAAUAAUGGUAAUACAUCGUUACCAACUACAACACCAUUUAUGGAUCGAUUAUCACAUUCAGUUAUUAAGGAAGCAUCAAAAAGUUUGAGAUAUUAUAUUGAUGUAAAACGUCGUGAAAAUGCUUUUGUUCUCAAUCCUAAUUCUUCAGCAUUGAAUUCUAUACCGCUUAAAGCAAGAUUUAUGUAUGGAACAACAAAAGAAUAUCCUCCACUUUAUGGUUCCUGUCAUUCAGAUAAUGAUCUUAAAGUUUAUUUACGUACUUUUCAAAAACAACAAAAACAACAUCAUUCAUCAUCAAGUAGUCCUGAAAAACAAUUAUGUCGUGAUGAACUUAAUUUUCAUAUGCGUACAUAUAAAUAUUCACCACGAGAAAAUCAACAGUUUGCUGAACUUCGUUUAAGACCAACGGUACGAUCAAGUUCAUCACUUAGUCGAACAACAAGUCUUGAAUUUCAAAAACGAACGUCGAAAUCCGCAUCGAAACUUUCACGUCAUGAACAAAAUCAAUUAAUUGAUAAUACAGCAAAUAUACUUGCAUCAAUGAUUAAAACACGACGAUCAAUUUAUGAAAAACAUUUAUUAUCACAACAAACACCGGCAGUUUAUGAAUCACGAAAUGCAAACCCUUCUCCACGUCAAACAGAUGAUCAAUCUAAUGUACAAACAGCUCCGCUAACUUUACCUAGUCCAUCAACAAAUGUAAGACUUGCAACAACUACUCAACAACCUAAAAAACCAAAACGUAGAACUUUAAAUGUUUUUGCAAAAGCAGCAUCUAUUAUGCAUGAAGCAAAACCGAUCAGUAAAGGUAUUCUAUGUGAAUAUACAGUAUCAGUUACAACAGGAAAUUGUAAUGGUGCUUCAACAACUGCACCUAUUUACAUAAAAUUUUAUGGAACAAAUGGAUGUACGGAUUUUGAAUCUCUUACCGAUUCUGAAACACAUCGUGUACCAUUUUUAAAAGAUCAAACUGAUGUAUUUACUGUUAAAACAUAUCACGUUGGACAAUUAGCUGGAAUUACAAUUGGACAUAAUCAAAAAGAUAUGCGAUCAAGUUGGUUUUUAAAUAAAGUAGUUGUUAAUGAUCCAAUACGUAAUGUAACUUAUAAUAUUUCGUGCAAUGCUUGGCUAUCGAGUAAAUCAAAUGAUCAAAAGACUAUGCGUGAAUUUGAAGUGGCUUCAACGAUAUCACAUAAAAAAUCGAUUGAUGCAAACGAACAUCAAGAUGAAAUAGAAAAUCAAUCGGAUCAUUCCUCAACAACAACGGAAGAUACCGUGAGAUCUAAUAUGAUAAGUCCAAGUCAGAAUGGUCAGUUAAUUGGCCAUAAACAAACUAACAACCAUAGAAAACAACAACAUGUAUCGAUUGAUCGAACAACAAUUGCUAAAACACAAACAUCACUAACUACAACUACAAAUCAUCAUUUUCAACAACAAACAACAACAAAAAUGGAUUCAUAUAUUAAUCGUGAUGAAUUUAGUCCUCCACCGCUUCCAAAACCUCGAAGUCGUUCACCAAUUCUUUCUCGAACACCACCUAUAAAUAGUGAUAAUGAAGAUAAUCUUGCUAAUCAUAGUCGUUCACCAACUCCACCAUCAUCAUCAGUACUUGAUCAAUCACGUAUGAAAUCUGUUUUUGAUCGUAAAACAACACAAAAAACAGAUGAAACAACAAACGAAUUAUUUGAACAUCAUUCAACAGAUUAUGAUCGACCACCAGCUCGAUUUGAAAAACGUAGGUCACCAUCAUCUAUAUCACCCGAACGACCAAUUAAAAGUAACGAGCAAACAAAUGAAAAUGAUGUAUAUGACUUUUUUCAAUAA